GCAACGCGGUGCUCCCCAGACGACCCCACACAGGAUCGACUCCUGCAACGCACGGAAGUGACGUCACUAAAUGUCAACGUCACAUGCACGCGUAUUUCCGUUUUUUCGAGGGCGCGUGGUUUGAUUGCUUGUUCGCACGUGACAUUCAGUACGCAUCCCGUCAGCCGCGCUUGCGGGUCGUGCUUUUCUGCUGCCGCUGGUGCUGGACCCAAGGCCUGGUUCUGCUGCAUUCUCGCAAGCCUUUGACAUCAUCCUUUUAUAUGCGCGAAAGCUGCUUUGCAGGGUUAUCUUAUAUUUGCUAGCGUUAUAUAUAUCUAUUCUAAUAAGUAUUUUGAUGGUAUUUUGAUUGUGCUAGUCGCGUAUUUGCCGAUCUUGCUGUCCUUGUUCGCGACCUCUUGCUUUGUUCAACCCUAGCGCGGAUUUCCCUGAUUCAACGUAUAUAUAGUGCUGACUAGAAGGUAGCCUCCUUUCGUUUGUGAAAAAAGCUCAGAUUUAUUUUCUCGCAGUCUUUUUUUUUCUUCUAGGUGUCAUUUUAGAUUGCACUGCUUGCAACAUGACACGUGUUUUGGUUGCCGGUGACUCGAUGGUGAAAUACGCGGACCAGUAUUUCCCAUCGCGUCGUAGUUUGUCAGUCAGUGUUGCCGCGCAUAGAGGAGUAAGGAUUGAGCAUUUGCUGUCAAUGAUUGCUGACAAGCUAGCUGGUUUUGAUGUUGUCAUUGUGCACGUUGGCACUAACAACACUGUUGACAGUGUCAGCGUGUGCAUGGACAAGUAUCGCCAGCUCGCUCAGGGGAUCAUUGAGAGAAAUCCCAUGGUGCAUGUAGCUUUUUCUGCCAUUCUUCCUCGGGGGCAGAAUCAGUACAGCUCAUGGGAAGCUCAGUCCUCAUGGUUGGAUGACCUGAAUGGUAACUACAAAAGGAUUAACAGUGCCCUGAUGCAGUACUGCCACGAGUGCGGCUACACAUUCCUGGGUGGUCUCGUGGACAACUGGCCCAGUUGCCUGAGCAGAGAUGGUGUCCACCCGAGCCGCUUUGGUAACAAGGUGCUGGCAGACUUCCUGUACCAGGGGGCCUGCACCCUGUCCAUCCAUCUGGAGAGAAGCCGCAUCCAGCAGUCCUACAAGGAGACCCAGGCACCUUCUUCAUGGACCAGUUGGACUCGGCAGGACAGCAUCCCUGCCAUCUCCGAGGCUGACUUUCCCCCGCUUGACAGGUGGUGUAAGGAUCAUUUCCUGAGUGACAGCUGCAUGGUCUCAAGUGCCACACCAGUGGUGACAAGCAGCAUUCAGCUGCUGCCAUCUGUGAAGCUCGACACUGCUCAAGAAAAGUAUUCUUACACCUACAAGAGGCUUUGUGAAAUGUCCAAGACUGUGGCUAAUGUAUUAUCUAAUUGUGGUGAGAAGGAGCUAAUGGAAAAACUUGCAUCAUGCGAGGCAUUCUUCAGAAACUUAACCACCUUUCCUAGUAAUCAAAUUACAGUUAGCUUACAAGGUACACCAGCUCCAUUACCCCAGUUGACUGCUACAAGCAGUUGCAGGCAUUCGAAAAGUACAAAACUUAAUGUACCUUUGGUAAAAGCAAGAAGAGGACGGCCAAAGAAAGUCAAACCUGUUAAGCGUAAGUUUUUGCCAUCGCAAAAGCAAAUGGUAAGCCUUGCAAUGGUGACAGCAGACAUGUUAAAUGUCUGCAAACGCUACUCUCUUUCAGAUGCCGAUUUAAAUGCUUUAGUACAGGGCACCUCAAUAUCAGACAGCGUGAUUAUUGUAGCACAAUACUUGAUUCAUAAAAAGUUUCCUCACUGGGAUGGCUUUCAAGAUGUGCUACUUGGCCAUCGUUUACUAUUUACUAAAGUAGAAAGCCCUUUUAUUCAAAUCUUGCAUGUCCGAAAUCCCAAUCACUGGCUUACGGUAACCAAUGCUGACGCUGAUGAAAACACAGUCUUUGUAUAUGACUCAAUUGACCAAGGUACUCCUUCUGAUGCCAUCAGGCAAAUCUGUCACAUGCUAAAAUUGCAGUCACCAACGCUGACCAUUUGCACUAAAGGGGCACAAAACCAGUGCAACACGCUUGACUGUGGCUUGUUUGCAAUUGCAAAUAUGUAUUAUUUAGCAUCAGAUUGGAGACCAGAAAAUUUAAACCUUAGUCAGAGUAUGCUGCGCAGACAUUUGCUGAAAUGCAUACAAAAAGGCAACAUGGAAGAUUUUCCACUCACAAGCUCCCCCACUACUCGUGUGCGGCCAAAAGAUUGUAUUUAUGAGUUGCAUUGUGUAUGCAGGCAACCGCUGUAUGGCAGAAAAGUACUGGACAUUUCUUGUGCAUACUGUUCAAAAACCUUUCACAGGGAAUGCCUUCGCCUUUUACCAGAUAAUAUGGAUAAAAAAAUAAUUGUGUGCCCUAACUCAUGUUUGGCUAGUGCCAAGGAAAAAAUCCACACUUGUAGUACGUAGCAUUUUUCUCUUUGUACGGCUUUAGCCAAACCUGACUAUAACAAACCAGCAUAAAGUGAAUUAUCCUGUAUAUUGCACACACAAAACUUCCUGACUGAUACUCAUGCAAAACACUCACUUGUAACAGAGGCCUUUUUUUUCGUACUUUUUUUUAAAAUACUGCCUAAAUGUUAGAAUACUCGAAAACAUACCAGCAGUGUACUUCAAGCAAGCUCCUAUCGAGUCUCUAUUUUGAGUGACUGGCAAGCUGUUUAAGGCUAAAGAUUGCUGUCUACUAUGCAUGGUUUUGUUUACAAAAAUGCAGGUAACUCUGACUUAAUUUUUCCACUGAGGACAACAAAUUCAUGUAGGACAAACACAAUACAAAAGUUUGUUUCCUUUCGUUAUAGGUGCAUUUGGAUUUGAAGAAUUACUUGAUAUAAGGAACCUAUCUUUAGUGCAUAGGCCAGUUUGUUAUAAUCGGGUUUCAGUGUAUCUACAAGCUACCAGUAAACACUGACACAAACCGGUGAUGUGAAACUUUUAUUGUUCCAGAGCCCCGUUAGCAAUAUGCCUGUAUACUUCGAUGCUGUUAAGAGGUUUAUUUGUUAAUUAUCGAUGCAUUAACUUAGAUCCAUUAGCAGAUGUGCAACUGCUUUAUGGUUACCUGCGGCAUCGGGAUUGCUUAGGCCCAACCACAAGGAACAAGUUUACAACAUAUUUUUGGCCGGCUAUUUGAUUUGACGUGGGCACAAUUCAGCAUCUAGAGCAUCAACCCCAGCAUCUCAUCAUUCUUGACGAUGGCAGCUGGCGUCAACAAUCCGUCAGGAAUGUGUUUCUUGUGGUUGAAACUUUAAUGUGGGCAGGUUCACUUUGUAUUAUUCAAUUUGAAAACCUGAUCAAUCUGCUUCUAAGUAGUAGCAAGUAUUUUGGAUAUUCAACUGUGUUACAAAAUUUGCUUGCCAUCGGUCUGGUACUGCUUUAGCAACCGAAAUCUGUACUGACAUUGCCCCAUUACCUUCCCGUUGCCGCAAGUCUCUCGGCGGAGCCUGACCGCUACAGAGCGCAUUCUCGGGUGGCGGAUAGAGAAAACUCUUGUCAUGAAGCUGCGCUAAGCAGCUUCAUGCAAGACAGGCACUUGUGCCCGCGGACCAACAGGCUAAGAAAAUCCUCAACAGCAGCACUCGGGUUGUCACAGUGACAUGUUCAUCUCGGAAUGCAAGUUGCAGAUUCUUUUUAAUCCUUUGUACUUCACCUGCGUUUUUUUCCCUCUUGUACAGGUCCACUGAUGUACCAGCUGCAUGCAUUCACACUACCAUCAAGUCAUCAGGAGCGUCUGUACCUCUAUCUAAAUAUUACACUAUUGUCUAAGGUGGAAAAUGAGACUUGUAUAUUUUGCUGUAAUGGUUCUGCCAAUAAAAGAUUGAUUAUA